AGAGGGCGUUCUAGCGAAGCGGUAAGGCCUACAGUAAACCAGGCAUGUCAACGGUUAAUCUACAUCCUAGCAAGAACGAUGUUCAGUAGAGCGUUGUGGUCGGUCUCAGUGAGCACGAACACAUGGGGUGGCGAGUCUCCACGUGGGUUGUACGAUCUCAUUCCGCAAUUUGCCAGCCACUCGACGCAUCCCGGACCAAGCACUAAAUCGGCAUCUUCUUCUUCAAGCCUAUCGUCGAUGAUACCUUCGGCUCGAUCCACCAUGUCGUCGGCAAUAGCAUUGGCGCUAGGUGCUGUGGCGCUUUUGUCCUCGACUGACGCUCUCACCGACCUUAAGACCGAUUGGGAGGCCUACGUUAGUGUGCUCACCAUUCCGGAGGUCAUCGACAUGACCGACGGUGGUGCCAUCGAUAUGCAAAUCGGUCGGUCGACGCACAACUGGACAGAGGAUGGAUCUCUUGCCGGUUCCAUUUACGGCUACGCACUCAAGAACUCGACGCCAACGUCGCCUGGUCCAACCAUCAAGGUUGCCAGAGGUGUACCGAUCAACAUCACCUGGUACAACGAGCUGGAAGCCCCGCACCUCCUUCAAGAAAGCGUCCAGUACACGCUCACGCAGCAUGCGUCUGCGUGCUAUCCGUACUGUGGCGUUCCUGUCGUCACGCAUGUUCACGGCAUGGAGUCUCCCGCAAGAUUCGACGGACUCCCGUUCCUUUCCAUCUACAAGAACCAGUCCCAGGAAUUCGUCUACCUAAACAACCAGUCGGCGUCAACGAAAACGUACCACGAUCACUCGAACGGGCUCACCCGGCUCAACACGUGGGCCGGUCUCGUGGGUGCCUACAUCAUCAGUGAUCCAGAGUUGGAGUCGUCGCUCAAUCUUAACAUUGAAACCGACAUUCCGCUGAUUUUGACGGACCGUCUCAUCAGUAACACCGGCAAGAUCAUGUAUUCGGACGAUAACUGCAACGAAGGUGCCACCUUAUGGGUACCCGAGUCUUUCGGUUCGGUCAACUUGGUGAACGGUGUUGUGAUGCCUUAUGUCGAGAUUCCACCUGCUCAGGUGCGCUUCCGCUUGGUAAAUGCCGCGAAUGCGCGCCACUACAACUUAACGAUGCCGUUCGCGGACAAAUGCCAAGUGGUGGCUACAGACUCUGGUUUUGUCGGUGAACCCAAGGCCCUGACUGAAGACCUUGUCAUUUUCCCGUUCGAGCGCGUCGAAUUUGUCUGUGACUUUAGCGGCGUUGAAGAUGGCAUGACCUACGAUCUGGAGGACAAGCAAACGUCCGACCAAGCUACCCCGUACGACAACCGCGUCAUGCAGUUCCGAAUCCUAACGAGUUUGAAGACUGACACGAUGAAGGUGAAGGAAAUUCCCUCUUCGCUGACCCCAUACAAGUCCCUGAAGGAAUUAUACGAGGCAGGGGGGAAGGAACGCACAUUGAUUCUCGGUGAAAUGGAGACGGAGCUACUGUGCCCUACCAUGAGCAUUUUGCUGUACCGCUCGCAACAGGUGAACACGUCUGGCAUCACCGGACACCUGCACUGUACCAAGGGUACGGUCGAGAAGUGGAACUUCCAGAACCCCACCGAUGACCCUCACCCGUUCCACUGGCACUUGAUCAACGCGCAAUGCGGUGAGACGGAGGAAACGGUGAACACGAACCAGCUCAAGGACGUCGUUGUGAUCCCGAAUGCUGGUGACCGCAAACCGGAUACCAUUACGCAAGUUUGCUACGUAGCGUGUACGCCAGGAGACUAUCUUCUCGAAGGGAACACUCGGGGUGCUAAGGAGUUUAACUUCGACACGACGGACCCGUACGUUGCUCACUGCCACAUUCUCGAGCACGAAGAGAAUGCCAUGAUGGCGUGGUUCAACAUCCAGGAUGUGGACGAUGGCUAUGCAGACGAUAACGGCAUCACACCCAAUACGCAGAUUACCAAUACGGUCAUUGCUACAGCCAUGGGCAUGAGUGUGCUGGGUGGUCUUGCUACGACGCUGUCGGUGCUUGUGAUAUCCGUCAACCGUCUGAAUUUCCUUGCGAGCCCCUUGGCACUUUCCGUGGCUUUCGCUUUGUCGUCGGGCGUGAUGUUGUUUAUUGGCCUGGCAGAUCUCUUUGAGGAGGCAGUGACAUUCUACCGAGCCCAUUACACUACCGGUAACGUGGAUCCGGAGGCAUACGAAAAGGGUGGAUCGGCCAGUACCGGAGUCUGCGAUAACACCUGCAAUGGUAACGCGUAUUUGACCACAGUGGCUGCAUUCUUUGGUGGUGUGGUCAUCAUCUUGUUGGUUGAGUUCCUGGUACACUCGGUUUUCGAGAGAAAGAAUGCUGCCGGUGAGAAGGCUAAUGCCGUUGAUGUCGGCGAGAUGGAAGAAGGUGACAAGGCUGCGUUUGCUUCUCCGGUGCCUGAAAGCCCGGCUGCCGCCAACCAUGAACUCCACAGCCCAUCGACAGCGGAAUCAUCGAAUCUGCUAGAACAGAACGCCGGUCAAAAGGAGGAAUACCGCCGCGCCGGCGUCAUGACGGGCAUUGCCGUGGCCAUUCACAACUUCCCUGAGGGUCUUGCUCUUUUCGUCUCGUCACUCGCUGGGCUUCGGUCGGGUAUUGUGCUCUCCAUCGGUAUCAUCCUUCACAACUUCCCGGAAGGUGUUGCUGUGGCUGCUCCUGUGUACUACGCCACUGGAAGCAAAUUGGAGGCCUUCAAGUGGACGGCUUUGAGUGGAAUCGCGCAGCCUUUUGGCGCUGCAAUCGGAUGGGCCGCGGUGUCUGGAGGAAUGAGUUUUGCAUUGCAGGCUUCACUCUACGGAAUUGUGGCAGGAAUGCUGGUUUGCAUCACGGUGAAGGAGUUACUACCGGGUGCCUACAAGUUUGACCCGAGCGGCAAGGCAUUCGUGGUGGCGUUCUUUAGUGGUCUGGGCAUUAUAGCGCUGAGCAUCAUGGCCUUGAAGUAUGCUGGUUCGAGCUAGUUUCGCAAGUAGCCAGCCUAUGUGUUGUGAACGAGACCUUCAACAUUAAACAAGUGCCCCUUUUCCUACAAAAAAUUCAAACGAAGACUUUGCAUUAUCUU